CAAGAUCCUGCUGGCUCUAUACCAAAGUGGUCACUCUUAUGGAAAGGCUCCGUAGAAGAACUUCUGGGCUUCCAUAUCGACGACAUUCCAACAGAAGAAAGCUGGUGGCUGGCAAGAAUCCAUCCAGAAGACCUUUUCGAUGUGGUCAACAGCCUUUCCAGGAUUCUCGCUCCAGCGCCAGACAAGCCAUAUGCUUCGGAGGCUAGGAUAUGGGCUCACAACUAUCGCUUCAAACACGCAGAUGGACAAUUCCUCCUGGUCUCGGAGAGGUCGAUUGUAGACAGAGACGAAAGCGGCAAUGUGAUUAACAUGACGAGCACAAUAUUCGAUGCCGAAAAGCGAAGGAUCGAACGAAAAGCACACAGGGAGUUUCUGGAUUCGAGGAACCAGUUCGCUCUCAUCGCGAACAAUACCCCAUCAGGUAUCUGGAUGAUGGACCCACAAGGAUACACGACAUAUAUGAACAAUGCUGCAGAAUCGAUCACAGGUUUCAAAUUCGAGGAAAUUGCUGGCUGGACUUUUCAUGCAGCAGUGCACAGCUGCAGGCCAGAUGGCAGUCCCUAUCCAGUAGCAGAGUGCCCCAUUUUUCGACAUCAGCAAACUGGAACCGAGGCCAUGAAUGAAUCCGAGGUCUUUGUUCACAAGAAUGGAAGCUUUUAUGAUAUCGUUUACAGCGUCUCGCCGAUAGGUGAUUAUGCCAGUGGCGGUGCGGUCAUCGAAUUCCGAGACGUGACUGCACAGAAGAAGCUGGAGCGGGAACGAUUAGCAGCAAUUGUUCAAAAUGAGCAGCAGUCGGUACUCAUCAAGGCUUCAGAAGACCACAAGGCGAACAUGGCUUCGUUUGUCUCUUUCAUUGGUACANNGGAGUUCCUAUCAGAGACAUUAGAGAAAUUGGAUGCCUUGACGAAAGACACAAAAAUCGACCGGUCGAUAGUCAAAGACACGCAAAAUGGUAUCACGAAUGGCCACCGAAGUGAGACUGGUGAAGACCUGCAAAACGGCCCACACACGACAGACACCCCGACCGUCGAAGCGAUUCAAGAUCUAGUCACAUAUGCUCGGGAGCUCGUUGUAAGUGUAUUUUUAUUCGUGGGCAUCGACAAAGAGCUCACCGUGUGCGUANNGUCAAAUAUCGCGGUCUGUGCCUCGCACCAAGCUCUCAUAACGAACAAUGUCCUUGAUCUGAGUAGACUCGAUGCCGGCAAGGUAGAACCCUCAUACGAUAUCGUGGACUUGCGUGCGCUCUCCAAUGAGGCUGUUGGGAUGAUGGUUUCUAGAGCGCGUGUAAAAUCGAUCAAUCUGCGGCUUGCCAACGAUGAUGCUCCGCCUUUGUAUCUGAAGGCAGAUUCAACUCUCAUGUCACAAGUCUUGUUGAAUCUGAUAGGAAAUGCCGUGAAGAACGGCAAUAUCACGGUCGACAUAUUCUCAGAACCGCCGGAUAAAGAUGGACGAGUUGUCUUCCAUGGCUCGGUCAGCGACGAUGGUGUGGGCAUGACAGAAGCCGAACAACAAAGACUAUUCAAACGUUUCUCACAAGCCAACAAACGAGUCGCCCAGACCUACAAAGGCUCAGGACUAGGUCUCAGCAUCAGCAAGGAGAUCGUCAAGGUUCUAGGUGGCGAUAUGGCUGUCGAGAGUACUGCAGGCGUUGGCAGCACGUUCAGCUUCACCACCAUGCAUGAUUAUCCCACCGAGAGCGAGCUGGCUUCGUUCCUGGAUUCAGGUAAUACCACGGUGACUGCAGUCGCCACAGAUCUCGAAAAGUUCGAGUUGAACAAUUCUGCGUCCAUUUCACCGAUACCAAAGUUUAAGAAGAUUUGCGUGGCGGAAGACAACCCAAUCAACCUUCGUCACCUGUCCAAGAAUUUAGAAGUCCUGGGCUAUGAAUAUGUCUUAUGCACUAAUGGCAAAGAAGCACUAGACAACUUUACAGUACCAGAGUCAGAUAUUGAUGCUGUCAUCAUCCACGAGAAAUCCCACCCGAGCACAAACUCUCGUCGCAUACGCAUACCCAUCAUCGCUCUGUCAGGUAAUGCCAUGAAAGAGCAAGUCGAAGAAGCCAUGGCAGCAGGAACAAGCGAUUACAUGAUCAAGCCUUGCAAGAGAGCCCAACUAAAACUCAUGCUCGAACAUUGGGAACGUAUCAUGCACGACGGUUCUGCGCAUACGCCGCUGGUUGUCAAGUGA